ACAAUAAAUCUAAUUUCUCCUGAUUUUGGGGGUAGCAAUGCAUGAAGAGGAUCCUGCAUGAAGAGGAUCAUCCAUGAAGAGGAUCCAUCCAUGAAGAGGCUCAUCCAUGAAGGCACCGCCUCUCUCCUGUCAGACCGCGUCGAGGGCUGAAUCACCCAGUCAGAGGAAAAGGAAGCUUGUAGCCUUGAAGCUAGCUAUGAAGCUCUGCUACAGACAAACCCAGCUGGCUCACAGUUAACCGACUAUAUAGCAUCAUUUAGAGCUAUAACCGGAUCCAAUGGUUUAUGAGACUUUUGUGCAGCCAUGGGUGACAUGAAAACCCCAGAUUUUGAUGAUCUUCUGGCUGCCUUUGACAUCCCAGAUGCCACAGGGUUGGACGCCAAAGAGCCCAUUCAGGGGACUCAUGAGGAGACAGCAGAGAGUCAGCUGAAACACACAGGGAUGUGUCUGGAUGACAGCUUGUUGAGUAACCACCAAGCUGUCACAACAGGAGGAGAUACUCCCUCUGUAAGCGUUAUUGUGAAAAACACUAGUCACCAGGAGUCGUUGGACGGUUUCGAACCGGCAUUGCAAAACGGAUUCAGUGGACAAGCGGCCUCCAUUGACUCUGUUGAGACAACCAACGCUGGUUUUUCCAGAUCAUUUGUCUCUGCUUUGAAUGGGGAGAAUUCAAGAGAGCUUCUUGGAGAGGCACCUAUUCAACACAAACCUGAUGGAUCGCCCAUAUAUUCCCAGUCACUUUCUCAAUUUAGUCCCAUCUCCAGUCCUGAGUCUGAAGACACUCAGUGUAGUAGAGAUGAAAUGCAUCCCAAACAAGACAGACCCUGUUUCCCAGACGCUUCAGAUUUGGUGGAAUCUUCUAUCCCAGACAAUCCUAAAAAAUUGGACUUCAGCAUGUUUGACGACUGUCCAAAGGACUCUGAUAUUCCCAAGAACACUCAGAAGAGCAGAGAAGAGAGUAGUAGAAGCGAGGAGUCCUCUGACAUCUCUGUCAGUAACGAAACAGAUAAAACAUCUAGAUUACACAGUGAACUUCCCCCACAAAGCAAUAACCAGAACUUUGUUGAGACCAACUGCAAUUCAGGAACCACAAUGGAUGUUCCCACCUCUUAUCCACAUGUCAAAUCUCAGACAUCUAAAUUAUCCUCUUGCCUUGAGGCUCUGGUGGCUCUGAAUGCUAGAACAGAUCCCAGUGAGCAGAUAAAUCCCAGAGAGUCGUCAGCUGUUCAGAAUGAUUGCAUGAAAGCAAGCCCCAACGUGCCUAUAUCCCCACGAAGUCCACUUGAAGCUGUGAAACGGUUUAUGAGACCCCCUGAUAGUCCUGUAAGCAUCUGCAGUGAUGGUAGUGGCAAAGCAUCCCCAGCAGUGGCAACUGGGUCACCCCCUGCCAUACCCAGGGUCAGAAUUAAAACCAUUAAAACCACAUCUGGGCAGAUCCAGCGCACAGUCACCAGUGUGCUGCCUGAUUCAGAAACAGAUGACGUUCAUUCGGCGUAUGAAUCUUCUCCAUCACAGAGUAUGAUUAGUGAAGAUUCUUACUGUAACAUGUCUCCUCAUCAGCCUCAAAGUGUGUCUGUUGAUGGUGUUGUUGGAGUACAAACUAAAGGUACCCCAGCUAGUACAUCUUCACCGAAAGUUUCACACAACAAAUUAGAGGUUAACUCCAAGAAACCAGGCCUAACGCAGUGCGCAACAGUAUUCCAUAAUACCAGUGGUCCUGUCAAACAAUCUGCUGCACAUCAGGGGCAGAAACCAAAAAGGGGAUCAGCCACAACUGGUCAUACAACUAGCACCAACUUCCUCCCCAAAGCAAUGCACUUAGCUAGUCUGAACCUGGUCCCUCACAGUGUUGCUGCUUCAGUAGCUGCACGGUCCACCUCUCAUCAGCAAAGCCAACACACACUCUCCUCUACGGUGUGCAGCACCGUCCCACUGGUGCACCAGGUCAAAUCGGCCAAUCCUAAUCCUCGCACGUCCAUUCCCAACACAGCAGCAGGAACCUUAAACAGACUGUUGAACAACGCCAACCCUGUGCCUACAUAUGUGCCCAACCUGAACCCCCCUCCGGAGUGCAAUAUCAACCUGCCGCCACGCGGAUACUGCUGCCUCGAGUGUGGGGACUCCUUCGGGGUGGAGAGGAGUCUUACGUAUCAUUACAGCAGGAGGAGUGUUCACAUUGAAGUAGGAUGUACGCACUGCGCAAAGACGAUGGUGUUCUUCAACAAGUGUGCCUUGUUGGCACAUGCCAGGGAGCACAAGAGCAAUGGCAUGGUGAUGCAGUGCACACAGCUCCAUAUGAAACCCAUAGCAGAGGAACAAAUGUUUGUGCCCCUGAGUGCUGUGAAUGUGGACUCUUAUACUUCACCCUCAUCUAAAAGCCAACCCGUCCUGCCCCUAUAUCCAGACAAUGUCAUUCGCCACCGACUCCGUUGCCUGGAGUGUAACAAGCAGUUAUCUGACUACAAAGCACUUGCAGGCCAUUACCAGAGGCCGUCUGACGAUGUGGAAGGACUUAUGUGUAAGGUGUGCUCCAUGUUGUUACCCAACAAGUGCAGCUUCCGAGCUCACCAACGCAUUCACGCACACAAGUCCCCUUACUGCUGUCCCGAGUGUGGCGCCCUGAGUCGCUCUGCAGACAUACAGAAGCAUGUCAUGGAAAACUGUCUGCACUACGCUCGCAAGGCUUGGUACAAAUGUCUUCACUGCGAUAUGGUUUUCAAGACCCUUCAAGGACAAAAGGUUCACAUUGAGGAGAAACACUGUAAUGUCUUUUACAAGUGCUCCAUCUGUCCUGUUGCCUUCAAGACCUCCAAUAGCUGUGAAGUGCAUUUAAAAAAUAAACACAGUGAAAGCAAAAUAUCCCCUCUGUUAAUCUUUAAGUGUUCAUGUGAGACGGUUUUCAAGAAAAAGCAGUUACUGUUUCAGCAUUUCCAUCAGAAUGCCACCAAACGGGUUACGUGUGUAUUCAAGUGUCCAGAAUGCAACUCGGUCUUUCCACAAAAGCAGCUGUUGAUGCAGCACUUCAAGGGUGUUCAUGUAGGAACCAUUGCGGCAGAGAAGGAGAAGAGCAGUAAACAAACAGACAAUCCUGACAGGUACCAGGAUCCUCAAUCUGUCCAACAACAGAAGAGUCACAGCCCCGUUAAACACAAAGAUGGUCCCAGAAAGAAGACUGAGCAGGACAGAAGGCCUCGUGUGAAGCCCACCGGCUGGACGUGUGGGGAGUGUCUCCAGUGGUUCCCUGAACGAGAGUCUUAUGUUUCUCAUGUGAAGACCAACCACGGAAAGUCAGUGAAGAAGUAUCCAUGUCGACAUUGUGAGCAGUCUUUCAACUCUAACACCAGUCUGAGGAGACACAUUCGCGCUGACCAUGAUGGAAAAAAGAAGAUUUACACUUGCUGGUAUUGCACGGAUUCCAAGACAAUAUUCACGACGAGUGUGAUGUUGAAGAACCACAUCAGUCUAAUGCAUGGAAUCAAAAAUCCUGAUCUCGGCCAAAUGCCGAAAACAAUUAUCCAGGAAUCAAAAAAGGCUUUGGGCAAGGGGCUUGUAUCAGAAAGACCUGCCGUGGACACACAGGAGGAGGGCCGGGAUCGCACUUUUAGUCCCGAGGCUCCUCCGGCGAAACGUCUGAAAACUCAGUUCCGCUGUUCAAAAUGUGGUUUCGUCACGGACGACAGUGCGCAGUUCAAGCGGCACAUACCACAGCAUAAAACCGAUGAAAACACUCCUCAGUGCCUCCACUGUGGCUUGUGUUUCACGUCUGUGCUGUCUCUCAACAGACACCUUUUCAUCGUACACAAAGUGAAAAAUCCUGAGGAAGGGGGGAAAGAAGGAGAGAAGGACAAGGUGAGGAAGAAGAAGCAGGUUAAUCAGCCAGUUAGAUCAGCAGAUACUGACGAGGUCAAUGACUUGUUACCGGAGCUAAAUGAACCUGAACCCUCGCAGGCAAGAGAGCCAGCACGCCUGCACUGUGACAAGACCUCGGACUGUAAUUUAAAACUGAGCGCUCACUCUCAGACACAAGCAGUCCCUCUGCGGUAGUGAGACCUCUUUAAAGCUGCUUUAAUAUCGUCAGUUUUCAUGUGAACGUAACAAGGGAUGCUUGAUGUUCUGCAUGGAAGUGUUUGGGCCUUUCAUUCUUUUAUUUCUGUCAAAUUAUUCACAUACCGUGCAGUAUAUUCAAGCAGAUCCUUAACAUUUAACAAAGAACAGUAUUUUCAUAAAUGAGAGGACAAAUUCA